AUGUGUUUGAGAGCUAUGUGUUUGAGAGCUGUGUGUUUGAGAGAUGUGUUUGAGAGCUAUGUGUUUGAGAGCUAUGUGUUUGAGAGAUAUGUGUUUGAGAGCUAUGUGUUUGAGAGAUAUGUGUUUGAGAGCUAUGUGUUUGAGAGCUGUGUGUUUGAGAGCUAUGUGUUUGAGAGCUAUGUGUUUGAGAGCUAUGUGUUUGAGAGAUGUGUGUUUGAGAGCUAUGUAGCAGACGCCUCCUCCCACAACAACUCCUCCCACAACGCCUCCUCCCACAACUCCUCCUCCCACAACGCCUCCUCCCACAACGCCUCCUCCCACUACGCCUCCUCCCACAACGCCUGCUCCCACAACGCCUGCUCCCACAACGCCUCCUCCCACAACGCCUCCUCCCACAUGGUGUCCUCCCCCCACAACUCCUCCUCCCACAACUCCUCCUCCCACAACGCCUCCUCCCACUACGCCUCCUCCCACAACGCCUGCUCCCACAACGCCUCCUCCCACAACUCCUCCUCCCACAACGCCUCCUCCCACAACGCCUCCUCCCACUACGCCUCCUCCCACAACGCCUGCUCCCACAACGCCUCCUCCCACAACGCCUCCUCCCACAUGCCUGCUCCCACAACUCCUCCUCCCACAACGCCUCCUCCCACAACUCCUCCUCCCACAACUCCUCCUCCCACAACUCCUCCUCCCACAACGCCUCCUCCCACAACUCCUCCUCCCACAACGUGUCCUCCCACAAUGCCUCCUCCCACAACGCCUCCUCCCACAACGCCUCCUCCCACAACGCCUCUUCCCACUACGCCUCCUCCCACAACGCCUGCUCCCACAACGCCUCCUCCCACAACGCCUCCUCCCACAUGGUGUCCUCCCCCCACAACUCCUCCUCCCACAACUCCUCCUCCCACAACGCCUCCUCCCACAACGCCUGCUCCCACAACGCCUCCUCCCACAACGCCUCCUCCCACAACUCCUCCUCCCACAACGCCUCCUCCCACAACUCCUCCCACAACUCCUCCUCCGCCUCCUCCCACAACUCCUCCUCCCACAACGCCUCCUCCCACAACUCCUCCUCCCACAACUCCUCCUCCUCCCACAACUCUUCCUCCCACAACUCCUCCUCCCACAACGCCUCCUCCCACAACGCCUGCUCCCACAAUGCCUCCUCCCACAACUCCUCCUCCCACAACUCCUCCUCCCACAACGCCUCCUCCCACAACUCCUCCUCCCACAACUCCUCCUCCCACAACUCCUCCUCCCACAACUUCUCCUCCCACAACUCCUCCUCCCACAACUCCUCCUCCCACAACUCCUCCUCCCACAACGCCUCCUCCCACAACUCCUCCUCCCACAACGUGUCCUCCCACAACGCCUCCUCCCACAACGCCUCCUCCCACAAUGCCUCCUCCCACAACGUGUCCUCCCACAACGCCUGCUCCCACAACGCCUCCUCCCACAACGCCUCCUCCCACAACGUGUCCUCCCACAACGCCUCCUCCCACAAUUCCUCCUCCCACAACGCUUCCUCCCACAACGCCUCCUCCCACAACGCCUGCUCCCACAACGCCUCCUCCCACAACUCCUCCUCCCACAACGCCUCCUCCCACAACUCCUCCUCCCACAACUCCUCCUCCUCCCACAACUCUUCCUCCCACAACUCCUCCUCCCACAACGCCUCCUCCCACAACGCCUGCUCCCACAAUGCCUCCUCCCACAACUCCUCCUCCCACAACGUGUCCUCCCACAACUCCUCCUCCCCCCACAACUCCUCCUCCCACAACUCCUCCUCCUCCUCCCACAACUCCUCCUCCCACAACGUGUCCUCCCACAACGCUUCCUCCCACAACUCCUCCUCCCACAACUCCUCCUCCCACAACGUGUCCUCCCACAACGCCUCCUCCCACAACGCCUCCUCCCACAAUGCCUCCUCCCACAACGUGUCCUCCCACAACGCCUGCUCCCACAACGCCUCCUCCCACAACGCCUCCUCCCACAACGUGUCCUCCCACAACGCCUCCUCCCACAAUUCCUCCUCCCACAACGCUUCCUCCCACAACGCCUCCUCCCAACGCCUGCUCCCACAACGCCUCCUCCCACAACUCCUCCUCCCACAACGCCUCCUCCCACAACUCCUCCUCCCACAACUCCUCCUCCUCCCACAACUCUUCCUCCCACAACUCCUCCUCCCACAACGCCUCCUCCCACAACGCCUGCUCCCACAAUGCCUCCUCCCACAACUCCUCCUCCCACAACGUGUCCUCCCACAACUCCUCCUCCCCCCACAACUCCUCCUCCCACAACUCCUCCUCCUCCUCCCACAACUCCUCCUCCCACAACGUGUCCUCCCACAACGCUUCCUCCCACAACUCCUCCUCCCACAAUGCCUCCUCCCACAACGUGUCCUCCCACAACGCCUGCUCCCACAACGCCUCCUCCCACAACGUGUCCUCCCACAACGCCUCCUCCCACAACGUGUCCUCCCACAACGCCUUCUUUCUCUGGAUCUCCUGUAGUUUCCACAUCUAA